AUGUCCAAACUCCCCGUGGAAUUCCUCAUGGAACCACCCAUGGAGGGAAUGCCCCAUAUGCCCCCGAUGCCGGCAUGGUCAUUCCUGAUUGAACAUCCCUCGGGCCAGAAACUGCUUUUCGAUCUUGGUGUGCCGAAGGACUGGCGAGCCUUUUCUCCGGUUGUCGUUGGACGUCUUGAGGCGGCAGGGUGGGAGAUUGAUGUAGAAGAAGAGGUCAUUGACACCCUAGAGAAGAAUGGUGUUGCAGCGAGUGAUAUCUCGGGUAUUGUUUGGAGUCACUGGCAUUGGGAUCACCUGGGCGAUCCCUCUCGAUUUCCAUCCUCAACGGAGGUCAUCGUCGGACCUGGUUUCAAAAGUACUUUCAUGCCGGGAUAUCCAGCAGACCCAGAUUCUCCAAUUCGAGAGUCGGAUUUUGCCGGAAGAAAUCUAAGAGAGAUUGAUUUCACGAAUUCCGCCCAGACAGGUCAUUUCCGUGCUUUUGACUUCUUCGGCGACGGCUCAUUCUAUCUGCUAGACACGCCUGGCCACGCUAUAGGCCAUCUUGGCGGCCUGGCACGCACAACCACAAACCCAGACACGUUCAUCUUCAUGGGCGGUGAUCUAUGUCACCACAGUGGGGAAAUGAGACCAUCCAAAUAUCUUCAUCUCCCUUCUGAUCUCCCCGCUGCAAAUCCUUCUUGUAUGCUGCCAUGUCCGGGAGUGGACUCUUACAAGGAAUUGUUGACUAGUCGAGGUUGUGCUGUUGAUGAGCCGUUUUUUAAACCUGCGGCUAUGAUUGGCGUUGAGAUUGAAGAGACUGUGAGGACUAUAGUGAAAUCGCAGGAUGCCGAUGCUAAUUCGAAUAUUUGGUUUGUGUUUGCUCAUGAUUCGAGUUUGAUCGGCGUCGUUGAUUUCUUUCCUUUAAGGGCUGAUGGAUGGAAAGAGAAGGGGUGGAGGGAGAAGACUCUUUGGUCCUUUUUGAGGGAUUUUGAUCCUGCUAUUGGUUUGAACAGGUAG